AGUGUUAGUGUGUGUUUGUAUCUCGGUGCAUUGUGUGGUUACAGUCGAGUGCACACACCGGUGUCCCUGACCUGGGACGAGUGUAUUAUAGAGUUAUGGACGUUCCACUCCAGCACACACACUCCCGGGCUCACAGUAAGAAGACCGACUGUGUGUCAGCGGUGACAAAGCGAUGUAAGGUCAUGACACGACAAGGCAGAACGCUACAGCUGUGUGUUUGUGUGCAUGUACACGCUUGUCACCCGCUCUAAAGCAUCGGUGUACUCCAUUGCUCCUGCUGACGUGCACAACAAAAACACAUCAAGGUAGAGCAGCGCUCAUGCACGUCUGCUUUGUGAGCAUGGAAAUGCUUCAUCCCGGUGCAGCAAAAGCUACCAGUAUAGCUGUCACUCCCUGCUGCUCUGACAGUUCACUGUAUGAGCUCUUAGACAGUCGUUAGUCAUGAUAAACAGACCGUUGACCUGCUCAGAACUACUACUACUAGCUCUAGCUCUACUAGCUGACAAAGUACUAGUGUUCAGUAAUGCAGUGUUUCCCAAACUUUUUUUUCUGGGGACCCAUAUUUUAAAAGUCACAAACCUUCAUGACCAAAGUCAAUAGACAUUAUUAGUAAACUCCUGGGAAACAUGACGUGAAACAACCCCCUCCCCAAAAAAAUCUCUUGCAACCCACCUGAGGGUCGCGACCUACUCUUUGGGAAACAAUGCACUAAUGGACAUAAAGGCUGACAGAAAAGAGCAACAUGGUGAAAGGACUCCCUUCCUGAAAAGAUAAACAUGUAAAGGUUCCACUCCUUACCUACCUGCAACAGGCUAAUUAAAUAUUGAAAUCUCCAACUGGCUGAUCAAAUAUUCAUUCUGGCCACAGGGCUGCGAAGCACUCCCAUUAUUUAGUGCACAGCUCUCCCUGGCUAACUGAGAGAUCACAAGUUUUGUACCUGAGAAAUCUAGUGUAAUCCUUAUUGAAUCCCCUCUGCUCACUCAUCUGUCGCUCUUCCCACUGUAGGUUAAGGGAAAAGCGUUUUCUGUUUUUUGGUCAAAUAUAUCAUUCCCAUCAGUUAUAAAAACGAUUUUACUCUGCAGAGCUGAGUAGGUCAGGAUUAGCAGGAGAUACAGACAGAAGGGACGUUUAUUUCAUUGUACACUGGUCCCUCUCCUAUCGCGGCAGUUGCGUUCAAAGACCCAACGCGAAAAGGGAAAAUCCACGAAGUAGAGGCGAGAUAGUUAUUAUAUAAUUCCCGUAUAUAGUUCGAAACUCCCCCACACUGUUCUCAACCCUCCGUAGACUGUAUUACCCUUUCCCACAUAAGUAUAUGCACAUUAGAGUUGGAAAAUGGAAAUAUAGGCCAUAAAUAUUACGUAAAUAAAUUAAAUCCACGACGCGGCGGAUGUUAACACUCCGCUGCAGGAGGGGGAGCACGGGAGUGAUGACGCAGUGCAGCCACGGCCGCAGGUGAGCGCAAUUGGAGUAAUCAAGCCUCUCCUCGGACCAAGGAGAGAGGAGAGUGAACGGAGGGUGUUUACUGGCCAAGACGGAAAGACCGUAUAUGAAAGCCGGGCACAAAGUAUUGCCAUGUGUGUCAGCGUCUUCGUUUGGGCUUCGUAACAGAGGUCUGAGAAUAAAACAUAGGGUCAACUUAACAAACAACAAACACAAGAGCACAAACUUUACAGCAACGGUGCAGAGCAAAGUGAACGAGUGACAGACGAGGGGAGCUGCUGAGAGAUGCAUGAGCCAAGCGUGAGGAACAGAAGAGCGUGUUCGAUCUCCUCUGGAGUUGGUGGUCAUUCCCGAUCAUUUUGAUGGUGGCUCAAUGAUGCUAGUGUGACGCAAGCCAGACAUCCCACCUGAAAAAGGAGACACUUUGAGCUUGUUAUGGGUCUGACCGGAAGGAGAGAGUGACAGCGAGGAACAGUGAUGCCACUGUUUACAUAACCUUCCACACACACUCUCUCUCUCUCUCUCACACACACACGGACACAUUUAGACACACAAACAUGCACAGCAUGCAGGCACACUUUCGAGGGACUCUCUAACUGAGUCAUUGCACUCACAGCCACUAAAUCUGUGACUCACUCGCACUCGGACACCGACGUGCACACAAGAAGAGAAGGCUGCUCACAAGACCUUUAUAGAGGCCGUUUUGUUUGCUAUGGGUCAAAGAGAGCAACAGCUUUGUGUAAGUGCUGAAUACCUCUGAAGGCGACCUUCCUCCCCCGUCCAUCAACGUGUGGCUGCUCCCAAACACACCACCAUGUCCGAGCUGUGGUCCAGGAGAAAGUCUUCUUCGGCUCCUCUUUUACCGUUUUCUCUGCCGUUUGGGUUUCUACUACUCCUACUCUCCUUCUGUCUUUCUUUUCACAUUAUUCCGGUGUCUGGGCAGCAGACUGUGCCAGUCAUCUCCACAGCACAGGGCCGUAUCCGCGGCAUGCUGAUCCCCCUCCCCUCAGACCUUCUCGGUCCUGUCAUUCAGUACUUAGGCGUUCCAUAUGCACGGCCCCCGACGGGAGACAGGAGAUUCCAGCCCCCGGAGCCACCUCUGCCCUGGCCGGGCAUACGAAAUGUCACACAGUUUGCUCCAGUGUGCCCACAGUCACUGGACGAGCGGAGCAUUCUGGGAGAUAUGAUGCCCUCCUGGCUCACCGCUAACCUGGAUAUAGCGGCAACAUAUCUCACUCACCAGAGUGAGGAUUGUCUCUACCUCAACAUCUACGUUCCUACUGAAGCCGACAUCCAUGAGGAGGGGGAUCUAAGGCCUGUGAUGGUCUAUGUCCACGGUGGCUCGUACACAGAAGGCACAGGCAACAUGAUGGAUGGCAGCGUUCUGGCAAGCUACGGCAACGUCAUUGUCAUCACCCUCAACUACCGGCUAGGAGUACUGGGGUUUCUUAGUACCGGUGACCAGGCAGCCAAAGGGAACUAUGGAUUACUGGACCAGAUUCAGGCUCUGAGGUGGGUGAAGGAGAACAUAGCAGCCUUUGGAGGUGACCCAAACAGAGUCACAGUGUUUGGAUCCGGCGCUGGAGCCUCCUGUGUCAGCCUCCUGACCUUGUCCCAUUACUCUGAAGACCUGUUCCACAGAGCCAUCAUCCAGAGUGGCAGUGCGUUAGCCAGUUGGGCUGUUAACUACCAGCCUAGCAAGUACGCCCGGCAGCUUGGUGAGAGAGUGGGCUGUGGCAUCGAUGACAGCACACAACUGGUCGCCUGCCUCCAGGGCCGGAGUUACAGGGAACUGGUGGAGCAGAACAUAACGCCGGCCAAGUAUCACACAGCUUUUGCGCCAGUGAUUGAUGGAGACGUGAUACCUGACGACCCGCAGAUUUUGAUGGAGCAAGGAGAAUUUCUGAACUAUGACGUGAUGCUGGGGGUCAACCAGGGCGAAGGUGUGAAGUUCGUGGAGGGCAUUGUGGACUCGGAGGACGGCGUCACUGCUGAGGACUUUGACUUUGCUGUGUCAGACUUUGUGGAUAGUUUGUACGGAUACCCAGAAGGUCGAGACACACUGAGAGAGAGCAUAAGGUUCAUGUACACAGACUGGGCAGACCGUGACAACGCAGAGACUCGGAGGAAGACUCUGGUAGCACUUUUCACAGACCACCAAUGGGUGGCACCAGCAGUGGCCACAGCAGAUCUUCACGCUCAGUACGGCUCUCCCACUUACUUCUACUCAUUUUACCACCACUGCCAGAGUGACGCCACUCCUCCCUGGGCUGACUCCGCCCAUGGUGAUGAGGUGCCCUACGUCUUCGGCGUGCCAAUGUUGGGACCCACUGAUCUGUUCAACUGUAACUUUUCCAAAAACGACGUGAUGCUGAGCGCCGUAGUCAUGACUUACUGGACCAACUUUGCCAAGACUGGUGAUCCAAACCAGCCGGUUCCCCAGGACACCAAGUUCAUCCACACAAAACCAAACCGCUUCGAAGAAGUGGCCUGGUCCAAGUACACGCCAAAGGAGCAGCUGUAUCUUCACAUCGGCCUCAAACCCCGGGUCAGAGAUCACUACCGCGCCACAAAAAUCUCCUUCUGGCUCCAGCUGGUUCCGCACUUGCAUCACGUGAAUGAGCUCCUCCAAUCGGUGUCCUCCUUCACACACAGUCCUUCUCCGCAGGACGACACUCCUUAUUCUUACACUAAACGUCUGUCCAAAGGCUGGCCUCCGAGCAGCACCAGACACCCGGGUUCUCAGGGAGGAACCCCGCAGCCCCCGGAGACAGCUGCCGGCCAAGGUGGUGGGGAACAUGGAGAUCGAAUCCCUCCAGAGAACUACUCCACGGAGCUCUCCGUGACCAUCGCCGUGGGAGCCUCCCUUUUGUUUCUCAACAUUCUGGCAUUUGCGGCACUGCUGUACAAGAAAGAUAAGCGUCGUCUGGAGCAUCGUAGGUCCCGCCCACUUCCUCCUCCGAGACGAGAUAUCACACCAGCAGAUGUUGCCGCCCACUUACAGGGAGAAGGACUCAUGUCACUGCAGGUGAAACAGCUCGAGUGUGACGCGGCGUCAGCCGACGAGAGAAACAACGCUCAUCACCACCACACCUUGGAUACACUGGACGCUCUGGACGGUCUGGACACCCAGGACAUCUACAGCACACUGGACACCGUGCGCCUCACUUGUCCACCGGACUACACCCUCACCUUGCGCCGGUCACCUGACGACGUCCCGCUUAUGGCGUCUCUGACCCCAGGAUCGCUGCCUGUGACCCCAGGGUCACACCCUGUCACCCCGGCGACGCCAAUGACCCCCAUGACCCCCGGCUCAGUGGUGGGGAUGAGGAUGGGACAUCCUCACCCGAGUUACACACACCACAGUCCGUAUAGUAAUACACACCUGCCGCAUACGCACAUCACAGCGCACACACACUCCACCACACGUGUAUAACCACGCCAAAAUAUUCCUAUACACAACGGCAUCAUCUACACACACACACACGCACACAUACACACACAUGGAGAAAACGAAAGACUGAAAUACCUCUACUAAUUACCCUGCAGGAUUGUUACAGUUGGAGCGAACUGAAAGACAUUUUCAGUAACACGAUAAAAAGAGAAACAGCUGUGUGUUGCAUGUCGGGGAACUGAAGACAGACUGGAUCCCAGGAGAUGCAGUUCUAUGCAUCAUUCGCUCCUAACCCGGAACUUGACGAGCCAAGACAUCCAUCAAAUGUCUCCCCGAACCCACUUUGGAUAUUAAAUCUUCUGCGUUUUCUAAAGCUGAGGAAGAAGAGGAGCGCGGUAACAACGGAGGGUCAGCUAUCGAUCAGUCCACGUCUCUCACCGUACCUCUGCUGAGCAGCAUUCGGUGCUGGGCGAGCGGAGCAGACCUGACUCAAGAAGUACUACACACACAGACUGCUGAUGUCAACUUGAACAACCUGUGAAAUGUGAAUGUAGCAUAUUUUUCCAUGAAAUGAUCAAAGGCCCUAUCUGCCAAGGAUCAAACUGAGCUGAGGAGAAAACAACACGUUUCAGAAAGAGAUGGAUGUAAAACCAGACAGGGAGGAGAAGAAGAAGAAGGAGAAGGAGGAGGAGGAGGAGGAGGAGCAGAGAGAUUCAAAAACACAAGUGGUAGUGGAAGGAAAGCAGGCAGCCAGAUUGUGGAAAAGAGAUUAAACCUUCAUGGGGAGGGAUUUACCAGCUGUGAUGGUGAGAACGACAGAGUAAGGAUGGAGUGAUAUGAAAAACACAGAGAUGCGGCGUGAGCCAAGAGACAGAAAUUGAGCUUCAGAAGAAGGAAGGGCCUCUUGCAGCAUUGCCAGACCUGAAGAAUCACUCUAACCAGCUUUGUAUGUGUUGAACUCCUGUACAUAGAAUGGAAAGAUACAGAUGAUAUAUUAUGAUUUAUAGCAUUUACUUGCUCUUGCAUCGAAACAUGACUUAUUUAACCACAUUAUUGCUUUCAUCUCAGAUAUUACUAUAUUAUUGUAUAGACGUCCUGAAGCAAGGCCGGUCUCCUGCCUCAGCCACUGCAGUAUGUACACAGUACCUUUAUUUCAAGGCUAUAUUUUCUAUGCAGUCAUUUCAGUACUUCUGGGUUCUCGAUGCGUCCAGAUCCUCCUGUAGGAUCUGGACUGUUUCAGUUUCCCCCAUAUUUUUUUUCUUUUGCCUCGAGAGCAGAAGCUCGUACUGUGUAGAUAAUGCAAUGGUUUGACAAUUGAGCACCAGCCAAAAAUCAUGACCUUUUGACCCCUUUGUUCCUAAACCUUGCCUGUCCCGCUUUCUUCUGCCCCGCCCUCUUGUGUACAGCCUAACCCAUGACCGCAAAGAGUCGCUCCGUGUCCUGACAAAUAUUUAGUGAUUUGUUCUUGAUUUUUUUUUAUAUUUCUUUGUCAGAAGCCUUGCCCUAACUGAGCAAAAAAAAGUUUG